GGCUUCUCUCAGUGUCCGGCAAACCACCAAACCGCUUCGACGUCGACGUCCGACGUUGUUUUCAUUUCAUCAUCGAGGUAUCCUAACGACUGCUGGAUCACCUUGACAAGAAAUAUGCUCUCUACGUGUUUUUUUCUUUAUUCCGCGUAGCACUUCUCCCAGAUCAUUGGAGCUUUGUGAGUGGGUGUCAAGUUUUAAAAGGUUUUUUUUUUCGCGUAUCUUACACGUGUGUUUAUACAUCCUCUGGAAGAGAAACCCUGAUUGAUCAACCUGAGUGGGAUAUAAACAGUCCAGACAGGAUUGGAACAACAAUUUUCCACCACCCACGCGUCGUCCAUCAACAGCGACAGCGUAAUCUCGAGGAACAGCCUGCCAAAGAAUCAUCAAACAUCGUUGUAUAUUCUGCUAAAAAGUCGAAUACACGUGGCGCUGGCUUGCUGAAGUCGCAGAAACGGACACCGUCAUCUGGAGAACGUCAGCUCCCACCACGAGAGGAAGCAGGAGAAAGAAAAAAAGAACAACGAUAUGCUCCAAUGAUGAAGAGCUUUUCAAAAUCACUUCAACGAUGGACUUGGUGUAUUUAUAACACAACGCACUGCAUCGGGAUAUAAUACGCAGCCGUAAACCGAACUGCUAUGCUUCUUAAGUGCGGUUCCAACUUCACAAGUGUGGUUUGGCCUGUCGAGUAUCAGCGUCUGCAGCACUUGAAGGACUAAAUUUGAACAGUGCCUGUAAUGAUCGGUGAUGGCAGCAGGAACCCUGAUCCUCGUUCCGAUCAUCCUGACGAUCGCGGCCCUCCUGUUCGUCGAAACGACACCCGUUUCGUCGACCCUACGCCGGAGGGUUUCAGCCUUGAAACUCAAUCAUGGUCAUAUGGAACUCGUGGAAGAGGAAACCUGCUCCAAUCGAACCCUCAGGAUGACCUGCAGGUCCCUCAAAGCCGUCUUAAUUGUUCUUGAGGCUGCGUACAAACCGAACGACUCGAACCUGUGCGGUGAAGUCGAAUCCAGAGGAUCUGAGGAGAUCAAGACCAUACGCCGCAUUCAGAUGAUCAGAAAUCUUUUUAGUGAUUACGAAUCGAGACCUGACAGAGUGGACUUGAAACUAUCCAUAAACAGAAGAUGCUCGGGACUGCAGCACUGUCGUUUCAACGCAUUCUCGGACCACCCUGAAGCCGAAUUCUGGAGCCCGGGGAACGUGCGGUUGAAAUAUGCCUGCAUCCCAGAAGCGGCGAUCAUGAAGUACUGCAACAGGAUGCUGCCGGUCAUUGGAGGGGAAGAAGGCUUCCUGAAGAGUCCGGGAUAUCCGCUCUUCUAUACGGGAGGCAGCACGUGCGGCUGGACUUUCAAGUCACUGCCGGGUCAGAGGAUCUCCUUGACCUUUCAUGACCUGGACAUACGCAGUCCCGAACAGGAUGGAAGCUGCGUCGACGUCAUCAGGAUACGAGAGAACAGGGUUACCCUUUUUGAGUCCUGUGGAUCUGCGGUCGGUCUUGAGGUGCUCUCCGAGUCAAACGUCGUCACCUUGGACCUGAUUGCCUCAGGCAAAAUCUACCCCUCCAGGGGAUUCUUACUGCAGUAUAAGGCUGUUGGUUGUCCGCAUGUUCAACCUCCAAACGGAAGCUACGCGGUGAACGAAACUGGCGAUGCUAAAACCUUUCUGUGCAAACUGGGAACCGUAUUCCCUGACACCAAUACGAGAACCAGAUUGAUUCAAUGCAAGAAUGGGAUCUGGAGCGAAAACAGGCAAAAGAUUAGCUCACAGAGAUGCGUUGUCACGGCGUCUGAGAUUGAGAGGAACGCUGGAACGCGACGGUCUGCGGCGUUAUCAAGCCUUGCGGAAGAAUCGGGAACAGGCGGCAACGGUGGACUUUUUCCCGUCAGUGGUGUCGUGGUGAGGUCGCAUGACGCAUUGGACUCGAUGAGCUCAACCGCAGAACCAGGAAACGCGGCCAUGGUGAAAAACGGAAACUACGUCGUAGAUUUCGUUCUACCGACCGCCCUAAUCGCCUUGCUGUUCAUCGGUAACGCGAUCAUCGUCUGGGUAAUAUUCCAGUACAGAAAAAGGAAACAGCCAGCCAUCGAAGGAGAGGAAAUGGCACUGCGGCAAAACUCGGAAGAGCUUCCGCAUGUGUGAUAAUUUUAUUUUUACCUGCAUUUUUUUAUUUUUUACCAUUUUGUAAUUUUAUUUCGUUUGUAAACUCACCUCUUAGAAUACGUGAUUAAGAAUUAUAUUUUAUAUGUAUUUGUGAAAAAAAAAAUUGAGGGAGAAGUGAAAGUACGCCUAUAAGAAAAUAGUAUAUUGUGUAACAAGGGACGAAAGUUGGCGAUUGCAAUGAGCGCUAAAUUUGCACCCGAGUGAAGCGAAGGCGGCUAUCACACGAGUUGCGAUCAUCAACUUUUGUUCCUUGUCACACACGAUAGUUUUUAUAACAAGUGCAUGAAAAGUGGUCGGGCUUUGCGGGGUAGUUUCACGGGAUGCGAGCGAUCAAUUUUUUUUCCCUAGGGACGAAAGUGAUCUCCCAAGGAACGAAAGUGAUGCAAUUGUGAACUGCGCAUGUGCGAACCUAACCUUACAAAACGGAGAUGAAGUUCGCGACUUUCGUCCCGCUAAACUGCGACGCAAAGCCCCGCUUUUCAUGCACGUGUGUUAAAAAAUAUUUUUAACGACUUAAUUUUAAAAAUCAACACGCGUUUUCGCACAUCCGCACUUCUGAGGCUU